AUAGCUGACAAUAUUGAGAGUAACGAAAUGUUUAAAGACCAAAGAAUGGUGCAGGAAUUAGUAAUGGAAGCAUUGAAGUAUCAUUUGCUGCCUGAGCAAAGACAUUUGCUUCAAACAGGCAGAACGAAACCCAGAAAAGCCACUGUGGGUACGUUGUUAGCUCUCGGAAGGACGGACGUCAAUCAAGUUACACCAUUUAUAGAUGCAUUUUCAUUACGCGAUAAUGCCUGGAGAUUUUUAGCAUUCAUGAACAAUAGAGAACAAUUUGGCGCAGUGGUAAGCAAUAAAAUAUUGAUUGUCGCGGGCGGUAGAGAAGUAAUAAAGAAUGUACACAAUACAAAAGUAUUGAAGACAGUAAAAUGCUACGAUUUCUCCACUUCAUGGGACAAUCUACCACCUAUGAAUAUUCCUCGACAAGGAUUAGGAGUGGCAGUCUUAGGUGGAUUUUUAUAUGCUGUUGGUGGUCACGACGGUCGUUGUUUUCUUAAUGCGGUAGAGAGAUGGGUUCCGGGAACAGGUCAGUGGAGUUCAAUAUGUCCUAUGUCCGUACAAAGAUGUGGAGUCGGUGUAGCUGUGUUAAAUGAUAAAUUGUAUGCCGUAGGAGGAAGAGAUAGACGUUUUUGCCAAAAUACAGUAGAAUGUUACGAUCCGCACACUGACAGAUGGACACCGUGUGCACCUAUGUCGAAGAGACGAGGCUGCGUAGGCGUAGGAGUAAUGAAUGGUUGUCUUUAUGCACUCGGUGGUUUCGACGGUUUACUUGGCAAUCCCGAGAUUAGCAUAUUCGACUGUGUAGAAAGAUAUGAUCCUAAAACCGAUACGUGGACUAUGGUUGCGCCAAUGAGUGUGCCCCGGAGUGAAGUUGGUGUGUGCGUAUUAGGUGACCGACUUAUGGCCGUGGGAGGAUACGACGGCCAACAAUAUCUCACACUAGUGGAAGCCUAUGAUCCACAUCUCAACGAAUGGGAACCUGUUGCUCCUCUUAAGAAUGGCUAUGCGGGACCGUGUGUUGUUGUAAAAAAUUUAACCAAUAAUAUGUAGAUUAUUUUUACUAAACGAUCAGUAAUUGCACUUGCUAAUUAUGCAAUUUAUAUUUGUAAUUACAAAUGAUUUAGGUGUUUCAGAAAUAUGACAGAAUCUGCUCUCUUGUGAUAUUGCAUGCAUGUUAAAUUAAUCACAUUGUUAUUUUCCUGAAACAAUUUUAGAUACAUCUACAUUUAAAUAAGUAUU